UUUGUCUUCAUCAUCUUCUAAAUAUAAAAAUGUAUUCUUCAGCUCCAUCAAUUUUAUCAACAUACACAACUUUUGCCGCGUCAGCAAUGAUAGCUCGAACAGUAGUCAACGAGCUACAAACACUGUCCAAUCAGCUCAUGCCACGUCAGUUCCAGGAGAAACUCUUCGCUAAACUCGGUGGCCUACUCUGCUGGAACCUCUCGUCCCAGAUAACUAUCACCAUCGACGAGUACAACGGCUUAACUGUCAACGAAAUCUACAAAGCCGCCGACAGUUACUUGGGUACGAGAAUCUCAUCCUCCAACGACAACCUUAAGGCCUCGAAAACCCCAUGUGAGGAUCAAAUCUCUGUCACCAUUAACAAAGGUGAGAGAAUCAUCGACCAGUUUGAAGAGAUCCAGUUGGUCUGGGAAUUCGUUUGUGUCGAGACUCAAAAAUCGUCUUUCGAUUUCGAAACUUGCAAUCAGACAACAGAAACAUCCGAGCGAAAAUCGUUUCAGUUAAAGUUUCACAAGAGUCACAAUGAGAGAGUGGUCAAAGCUUAUCUGCCGUACGUAAUGGAGAGAGCCAAAGCCAUUGACGUAGAGAAGAAGAAGGUGAAGCUUUUUUCUCUGCAGGGUUCAUGGUGCUCGAUCGAUUUUCGCCACCCUUCGACUUUUGAGACUCUGGCUAUGGACGAGAAGCUUAAGAAGGAAUUGGUUGAUGAUUUGGAUAGGUUUGUGAAGAGAAAGGAGUUUUACAAGAGAGUUGGUAAGGCUUGGAAACGUGGGUAUUUGCUGUUUGGUCCUCCUGGUACUGGGAAGUCGAGCUUGAUUGCUGCCAUGGCCAAUUACCUCAAGUUUGAUAUCUAUGAUUUGGAGCUCACCCAUUUGAAUAGUAACUCUGAUCUUAGGAGUCUGUUGGUUAUGACUGAGAAUAAAUCAAUAAUCGUGAUUGAAGAUAUUGAUUGCAGUGUUCAGUUGGAAAACAGGGGGUGUGGUCAAGGUAGUUAUGGUCAAAAUGACAGCCAGUUGACUCUAUCUGGGCUGCUUAAUUUCAUAGAUGGGUUAUGGUCAAGCUGCGGAGAUGAGAGAAUAAUAGUUUUUACAACUAAUUACAAGGACAAACUAGACCCUGCAUUGUUAAGACCAGGCCGAAUGGACAUGCAUAUCAACAUGUCUUACUGCACACCAUGUGGGUUUAAGACUCUUGCUUUUAACUAUCUCCAAAUCAAAAAUCACCCUUUAUUUGGGGAAGUUGAGGAGUUGAUAAAGGAGGUUGAGGUGACCCCUGCUGAGGUUGCGGAGGAGCUUAUGAGAAGCAAUGAUGCAGAUAUAGUUCUGCCUAGACUCAUUGAAACUCUCCAGAGGAAAAAGAAGAUGAAGCUUGAUGAACAAGUCAAAGAAAAAGCAGAAGAAAAAGAUAGUGAUUGUAAAGAACAGAGCAUGGACGUUCUCAAGGGCAAGAAUAAGAGAGUUGGGAGAAAGAGAGUAGUAAGAGGAAGAAAAGGCCGGCUUGGAGAUGUCUAUUAGAAUUAGGAAUAGAAAUUAUAUGUUUCAGAUUACACGUCCCACCAUAUAAUAUUUGAUAAAUUGUUAUAUAUGUAUGAAGAUUUUUAAUGAAAUAAAUAUGUAAGAGACUAAACGA